AUCUAUUAUUAUUAUGUUUUAUUAACGUCUGACGAAAAUUUAAGAAUGUUGAUUUCUUAAAUUAGUGGCGGUACGUGAAUACUUAUAUGAUUGUUAGGAGAUGUCUAUACAUAACUAAACAGAAACGUAUUAAACGAUCACUAUACUUAGAAAUAACCGACAGUUUCGUGUUCAUUCUGUAGCUUGAAGAAGACAGUGUUAGAUGAAGUUUCAAGAUGGAAACAGCUCUAUGGGUAUCUUCUGGGCUGGUACGCAGCUCAGUAAGUAUCGUGAAGUUUUUUGUGCCAAAAAUGAUAUAUGGUUCGGCUAGAGCAGCACGUUAUUUCAUCCCUACAAGAAUUACUAACUUGAUGUCGAAAUGUGUAGAAUUUGUCGAAAUUGUCACCUCCUUCAAGACAAUUUUGGAGCAAGUAAGUCAUGAUUUUUUUAGUCAUUACAAUUACAAUAAUACAAGUUGGUAAUAAUAAUCAAUAUUGAAAAGCAUAUCUUUGAAACAGAAACAUUCAUUUUUAUUUGUUAUUUAAUUCCUCUGUCUAAUAAAAAACAGACCUUUCUAUGAGAUGAUUGAAUUGUUUUACAGAAAAAUAUAGCCACCUUCAAUGAUAAUUCUCCUUUCGAUUUCAGGUUGAAGCUCUUGACCAUCAAAUAAAGGUACUCAAACAGUCGUCCAUUGAUAAUGAGGAGGAAUAUGCGAAAGCGAAACUAAUCAAUAAUGAUUUGUGUUCCAAAAUUUCAACAUUGGAACACCAGCUCAAAGAGUUGGAAGAAAAGAACGACGAAAGAAUCCUACAAGAACAGAUUAAAACCAAGGAAAUAGUUGAGAAACUUGAAUAUGAACAGCAAACGUUAUUGAAAGAAGCUGAUAGCAGGAUAUUCUCCUGUGAACAAAAGAAUGCACAGCAUAAAAAGGAACUUUGCAUGCAGAAAAUGAUCAUCGAAAAAAUUAAGGAAGACCGUGAUAAACUAUUAAAAGAAGUGCAAGAACUCAACAAUGAAUUAUUUUCUACAUCUACUAAAGCCCGAAAAUAUGAGGAACAGCUUGAAAAGUAAGCAACAUUCGAUCUAUUAUUAUUAUGUUUUAUUAACGUCUGACGAAAAUUUAAGAAUGUUGAUUUCUUAAAUUAGUGGCGGUACGUGAAUACUUAUAUGAUUGUUAGGAGAUGUCUAUACAUAACUAAACAGAAACGUAUUAAACGAUCACUAUACUUAGAAAUAACCGACAGUUUCGUGUUCAUUCUGUAGCUUGAAGAAGACAGUGUUAGAUGAAGUUUCAAGAUGGAAACAGCUCUAUGGGUAUCUUCUGGGCUGGUACGCAGCUCAGUAAGUAUCGUGAAGUUUUUUGUGCCAAAAAUGAUAUAUGGUUCGGCUAGAGCAGCACGUUAUUUCAUCCCUACAAGAAUUACUAACUUGAUGUCGAAAUGUGUAGAAUUUGUCGAAAUUGUCACCUCCUUCAAGACAAUUUUGGAGCAAGUUGAAGCUCUUGACCAUCAAAUAAAGGUACUCAAACAGUCGUCCAUUGAUAAUGAGGAGGAAUAUGCGAAAGCGAAACUAAUCAAUAAUGAUUUGUGUUCCAAAAUUUCAACAUUGGAACACCAGCUCAAAGAGUUGGAAGAAAAGAACGACGAAAGAAUCCUACAAGAACAGAUUAAAACCAAGGAGAUAGUUGAGAAACUUGAAUAUGAACAGCAAACGUUAUUGAAAGAAGCUGAUAGCAGGAUAUUCUCCUGUGAACAAAAGAAUGCACAGCAUAAAAAGGAACUUUGCAUGCAGAAAAUGAUCAUCGAAAAAAUUAAGGAAGACCGUGAUAAACUAUUAAAAGAAGUGCAAGAACUCAACAAUGAAUUAUUUUCUACAUCUACUAAAGCCCGAAAAUAUGAGGAACAGCUUGAAAAGUAAGCAACAUUCGAUCUAUUAUUAUUAUGUUUUAUUAACGUCUGACGAAAAUUUAAGAAUGUUGAUUUCUUAAA